AUGGUUGACCACUUCAAAAAUAUUUUUAAGUUCGAUUUUCCCUUGGAUCGAUACGAUAAUGAUCCAUUCUUGAAAAAUCCUCUCAUGAAACUGAAGAUAAACACAUCCAAACGAAUGAAACAUAAGCGUCGAACAAAAGUCGAUCGUAAGAGAUUUAUGUUUGAUCCAUUUCGUGAAAUCAAUGCCAAUUUUGAACGACUUCCAAAAGUGUAUUAUAUAGUCCAACUACGGAAUGCAGUUGCCAACACACCAAUACCUGAUAUGCCGGUGCGCAUUCGGAAGAAAAUCAUUAAUCCAACGCAGAACCGAUUUCGACUGAAGUGUUCGAAUGUGAUUAAGAAUUAUAUGAAUGAUGUGGAAAAGCAUUAUUUAGAAACGAUUAAGGCGUUUAAUGUUAGGCGUUUCAUGAAACCGCUCAACGGAAAUGAAAUGGCUGAUGAUAAGAGUGACUCGUUCAAAUUCAAACAUGCUGGACGAACAGAACAUUACGGAAAGUUCCUUCGAUAUCGAAAACAGUUGAAGGAUAAACUAUUCAUCCCAUUUCAAUUCAUUCGAUUCAUAGUGCAUUCAUCGUAUCAGAGUUUUCCGAGUGUCCUAAACAAUUACGGAGGUUACAAAAAAACCAAAAGUGGAAUUUGCAUCUGGCUCAUACUAAUCGAAUUUGAAACUGCAGCCCAACGUGAUUUAGAGAAUAAUUCAAUUUUUCUGCGUGAAGAAUGGUAUCCGAAAAUAGUUCAAAUCAUUUUGAAACAUUACCGUAAGCGGACUUUUGCCGCUCAUUUGUGGCCACGGAUGUUGAACUGUGCCAAAGGUCUGAUAAAUCGACAAAUAACCGAAAUUAAAAUCAAUACGUUCGAGCAUAUAUUCGAUGUGCUAAACACUCGUGCAAAUAUGCCACCGAUAAAAUUCUAUGCAACCUGCAGUAAUGGUCGUAUCGAAUUGCACCCAAGUUUCAGAGAAUUACGAAAUACGUUCCAUCGAGUAUUCAAAAACAUUGCUGCCAUAGCAACGAAAUUUCCGCCGCUUGAACCGUUAAUCGAUCGUGUCGCAUUCAUAACAAAUUCAAAUGAUACCUAUUUGAAAAUCGACAUCGGAGACAUAACAUUCAAUCAACUAUUGGAGCGCUUGGAUGUGGCACUAGAAAAAGCAUAUGCACCCGUUUUGAAUUAUGUUGAUACGCUGGCGAAUGAAUAUUAUGAUUUAUUUAGUGACGAAACGCGUUUGGAUUUGGACCAUUUUUUAAGUGAACCAAAACACAUUGACAGUUAUUUUGGGAAAAUCGCCUUUUUCCGGCAAUUCAUUGAAAAACUGCAGAAAACCGUUCAAAAUCAACUAUUCGAUCAUGCUAUGAUUAAUCAGAGUAAGGCGCUGGUGGGUUUACGAACGAUUGCACAAGAUUAUAUCAAUGAAAUUAUUGAUAAAAUCACUGAAGACCACAAAAAUGAUUGUCAGAGAAUUUGCGAUUGGUUUUCGAAUGUUCAGAAGCGUGCACUUGAAGCACCAAAAUCCACUGAAACUUUAUUGGCCAACGGAGAAUUCAUGUUGCAAAUGAAGAAUAAAAAAAUUGCUGAAAUUCGCGAACACAUACAGAAAAAUAUGCAGAUCAGCGGUCGAUUGAUCGAUUUAAGAGAGUUUGAUGAAGAGCAUUUCAAUUUACAAAUCGAAACCAUUCAUUGGUUGCAUAAUAUUCAAGACAUUUUCGAGCAAAAUUCAUCGCAGUUCGAAAUUUACAAGAAUCAAUUCGAAGAGCAUUUGAGCAUCGUGACGAAAAAAUUAACGCAAAACAUUGAUGAGUUAAUACCGAAAUUAGCCAUUAUCGAUGAUAUGUACGACACAGAGAAAUUGCAUGACUAUUUUGCGACACUGGAAGACUAUACCGAGCAAAUCAAGUGCUUUGAAGACUACAUAAAGUGGAUAAAUAAAGAGGAAAAAUUGUUUAAACUGCCUGUUUCACAGUAUCCGAUUGUCGAAUCACUGACAAAUUUCUUGACUCCAUUCACACAGCUCAUCAAACUCUGUAUCGAAUGGCUGCGGUAUUACCACAUUUGGAUGGAUGGCCCUUUUGAGUAUCUUGAUCGAGUGACCAUUGAGAAUCUCGUGCAGACCUACACCAAAGAGUUUGAAGCCACACAAAAAUACUACCGAAAUCGAAUAAAAGCUGAUAUGCUCGGAAAUCCAGUGUUAAAAUUUCGGGGUCAAACCGAAGAUCCUGAUCCCGAGAAACACCCGGUGCCGUUGAGAUUGUGCAGCAAAAUGAUCGAAUGGAUUAACGGUUUUCAAAUUGGCGUCAGUAUUGUUCAAAUCAUGUGUAAUCCAGCCUUGAGAGACCGGCAUUGGGUGGAAAUGUCAGAAAUAGCAGGUUUCGAUUUAACUCCCGAUGCUGGGACAUCGUUGAGAAAAAUCACCAAGUAUGGAAUUGACCAUUUAUUGACGAGUUUUGAAAUCAUUAGCAUCGGAGCCAAUAAAGAAUUGAAACUGCAAAUGGAUCUAGCAGAUAUGCUGAAGCAAUGGGAAACCAUCGAAUUUCCAAUAACAGUGUACAAAGAUACGGAUAUCAAAGUAUUGGGAAACAUUGAAGACAUUCAGGUGCUUCUCGAUGACCAUAUAAUCAAAACACUAGCAAUGCGUGGAUCAGCAUUUGUAAAGCCCUGUGAACAUGAAGUUCGGAAAUGGUAUGAAAAACUUCUUCGAGUCUCUCAAAUCUUCGAAGAAUGGAUGAAAGUUCAAACAAACUGGUUAUAUUUGUUACCGAUUUUGUCAUCCAAGGAUAUUUCAGUGGAAAUGCCAAAUGAAGAGCGCCUGUUUUCAAGAGUUAAUGAUAUUUAUUGCAAAUACAUUGAGAUGUCCAUAAAAGAACCGAUCGUUAUGAAAAUGACUGAGGCGGAGCAACUAUUGGAAGAUUUGAAAUCAGCAAACGAAAUGCUUGAUGAAAUCAAAAGUGGAGUCAACGCAUUCCUUGAGCGUAAACGUCUUUACUUUUCGAGAUUCUUCUUUUUAUCGAACCAUGAAAUGCUUCAAAUAUUGUCAGAGACAAAAAAUCCACAAAACAUUCAGCCAUUCUUGUGCAAAUGUUUCAAUGGAAUUAAUCAAUUGCAAAUGGAUGAGUCUGGGAAUAUCGAUGCAAUGAUAAGUUCAAUGAACGAGAGUGUUGCCUUUGCGAAUCGUAUCUUAAUCUCAGAAACUGGAGGCAGUGUCGAAAAGUGGUUGCAUAGUGUAGAGAACGAAAUGUAUUUGGCUGUUCGAAAUGAAGUUAUCAAUGGAUAUGCGGAUUAUGUGACAUCAGAAAGACUGGACUGGGCGUUAAAUUGGUCGCAAAUGAUAGUUUUGGUUAUAGCAAGUAUUUUUUGGACCAGUGACAUUCACACAUCUCUUCUGCAACAAAAUCGGGAUCUUUUGAACAGCGUUCAUGCGGAAAUCAAUUCCAAUUUAGACGAAAUAACCGAAGCAAUCCGAUCGCCAGAAAUCACCAAUUUGAAUCGAAUCACCUUGAAAUCGUUGUGCAUACAAGAUAUUUCGAGGCGAGAUAUCACCAGCAAACUGAUAUCGAACAAGAACAGUGAUAUAGACGAUUUCGAAUGGAUUGCCCAAUUGAGAUAUUAUUGGAUUGAAAAAAAAGUCGUGAUGAAGAUUUUGAAUGCAACAAUUUCUUAUGGCUACGAAUAUUUAGGGAAUUUUCAACGGGUCGUAAUGACACCGCUCACAGAACGCUGUUACAGAACAAUUCUAUUGGCAUUUCAACAUCAAUUGAAUGCUUCGAUUGAAGGACCAACCGCUACAGGCAAAUCUGAAACAAUCAAAGACUUGGCAAAGGCAUUGGCUAUUCAAUUGAAAGUGUUUGACUGUACACCUGAUUUAGAUUAUCGAUCAAUUUCAAGAUUUUUAAAAGGGAUCGCUACAAGCGGAGCAUGGAUAUGUCUUGAAGACUUUAACCGUAUUGCAGUGACGACAAUUUCGGUUGUAUCACAACAAAUGCGUUCCAUACAAAUGGCAUUAAGGAAACAACUGCCAAAAUUUAAGCUGGACGGGGUGGAAUUGAAACUUAAUCCACAGUGCAACAUAUGCAUCAUGUCAAACCCAUUGGAUGCAACUCGCUCGAAAAUACCAAAUAAUUUGAAAACACUUUUUCGGCCGGUCACCAUGAUGCAACCAGAUACCUAUCAAAUUGCAGAAAUUUCUUUGUAUGCAAAUGGUUUUAAAAACGCCAAAUCAAUCGCUAGAAAAAUAGUAAAACUCUAUAGAAUAUGCUCGGAGAUUUUGCCACCUGAAGUUCAUUAUGAUUUUGGUCUUCGAGGGUUGAAAAUAUCACUCCGCGUCUCUGCCAAUCGACUGUUAACGCAAAUCAAUGAAACGGAAGAAAAUAAUAUCUAUCAAUCAUUGUUAGAUGUAAAUCUUCCCAAAAUUAAUCCACAAGAUAUACCACUCUUCAAAAGUAUUAUCAAUGAUUUGUUUCCGAAUGCCAAUCCUAAAGAGAAGAACUACGAAUGGCUACGAGAAGCAUAUGAACGAAGAUGCAAUGAGAAAGAUUAUCAGCCAGUCGAAUCGUUGUACAGUAAGCUUGUUGAAUCUUACGAAAUGAGCGGUUAUAGACAGGGUAUCAUGCUUAUCGGUAAUCCAUACACUGGAAAAUCAUUCGUAUUGCGAACAUUGAUCGAUGUCAUAAAGUCGAAGAACCAACUAGAGAACAACGACAUGGAUCUUGAAUUCGUGAAUCCAAAUGCGAUUGAGCUGAAACACUUAUACGGCGAAUAUGAUCCAAUCAAUAUGGAUUGGACAGAUGGUGUGAUCUCAUCAAUAAUUCGUCGCUUUUCUGAUGAAAAAGCGAAAAAUUCAUACAAAUGGAUCGUUUUUGACGGCCCAGUUUACUCGGAAUGGAUAGAGAAUUUGAACACGGUACUCGACGACAAUCGAAAGUUAUGUCUCAGUUCGGGUGAAGUAUUGAAUUUAACGGAGAACACACUAAUUAUAUUUGAAGUAGAAAGCUUGAGCUUUGCAUCUCCAUCAACGAUUUCACGUCUUGGUAUAGUGUACUUUGAACCGGAUACAUUGGAAUGGAAAACGUUGGCAAAAUGCUGGAUGAAUUGCUGCAGUCACAAGUGGAUAACUGAAUGUAGGACGUUCUUGUCUGAUAUUCUUGAUUGGAUUUUGCCAUUGGUAUUAAAUUACAUAGAAAAAUAUGGAGGGAAUGUGCUUGAUCCUUUGAAAUACAAUUUGAUCAAUACAACAUUCAGCAUUAUCCAAAUGGUCAUCGAUGAUGCUAUCGAAAUCAAUGCAGAUGACUAUCAAAAAUUUCUUGUGACUUGGAUUCAAGCAGCGACAAUGUUCGGCAUUGCAUGGGGCAUUGGAGGGAUUUUAAAUGAUGAAUCUCGAAAAAAGUUUGAUCAGUUUCAUAAGAAAAUUUGGUGUAGUCACGAUGAAUAUGCUCCACCGGCAAAUAUAAAAAGUCGAAUUGAUAUUUCUGUGCCGCUCGAGGGCUGUGUGAAUGACUAUUAUUAUGUGUUCAAACAGAAGGGAUCGUGGAAAUUGUGGGCAGAUCUAGUACGACGUCAAGAGCCCGAAGUCAAUCAAUACGGUGUUCAUGUGGCUACAGUUGAUUCGGCUCGAUAUUCUUAUUUGACCGAGAUGCACGUAAAGUACGGGAAGCAUGUGAUACUGGUGGGUCCAUCGGCCACUGGGAAAACGUAUAUGAUGCAAAAUAUGUUGCGGAGUAAAGUUGACGUAAAAAAGGUUUCUCCCGGCCUCAUCACCUUCAAUAAACGCACGAAAUCGAGUGACGUCCAUGAGGAACUUCUGAGCAAAUUGAUUAAAUUAAAACGUGGUGUGUAUGGUCCACCAGAGGGUAUGACUUGUGCCGUGUUUAUCGAUAACUUGAACAUUCCUGAAGGUGAAAACAUCGCUUCAAAUUCAUCGACUGAGCUGCUCAGGCAAAUUUUCGAUUAUGGAUAUGUUUACGAUUUGAAGACCACUUCAAAAAUAUUCCUAAAUAACAUUUUGGUGUUGGCAGCGUGUGGUGUACCAGGUGGACGCUGUCGUGAUGUUAAUGUACGGUUUUUGAAUCAUUUCAACUGCUUUUCGGUCAAUGAAUUCACCGAAGAGACUCAUUCACGAAUAGCUAGCGGCAUUCUAAUGAAUGGCUUCAAAAGAGGAGGUCAUGCUGCCGAUGUCAUAGGAAGUGGAAAUCAGAUUGUAGCUGCAACAAUGCAUGUAUACGCGGCCAUUGUUGAAAAGCUAAAACCAACACCAUCCAAACCGCACUAUCGUUUCGAUAUGAGAGACAUUCUUCGCGUUUGCAGUGGCUGUUCACUGUUGAGAAAAGAAUCGGUAGAAAAUAAGAAGAUGUUUGCAAAGAUAUGGUUUCAUGAAGCCAUGCGCGUUUUCCAUGACCGUCUCAUCGAUUCCACUGAAAAAGAUUGGAUUUUUUCAAUCCUUUCUGAGCAGAUCAACGAUACGAGUGGCACGUUUAAGGAUAAUAUGGAAAUAAUUUUCGAAUCUUACACCAAUGAAAGUGGCAUCGUAACGAUUGACAGCAUAAAAAAACUCUCUUUCGGUUCUUAUUUGGACACGGAGACGGACGUUUCGAACCGAAAGUAUGAAGAAAUUACGAGUUUUGACAAGCUGAUAAUGGUGGCAAAUGUGGCGAUGAAUGAAUACAACGAAACUGAAAAAUGUGAAUUAAAUGUGAUUCUAUUCACUUAUGCGUUGGAGCAUUUAAAUAGAAUUUGCCGAAUAAUUUCGAUGCCUGGUGGAAAUGGCUUAAUAAUUGGAAUAAUUGAUUCGGGUCGACGAUCUUUGAUUCGUUUGGCAUCGAUUAUUUGCAAACAAAAGCUCUUCGAGCUGAACAUAGUGCAAGACUACAGUAUCAAGGCAUGGAGAGAGGAUAUAAAAUCUGCAUUGAAAUCAGCCGGUGGAAUGGGUCAACAGACUUGCUUAUUUUUAUCGGAAAGCCAAUUGAACGAUGCAUUUCUGAUUGACGUUGACUAUUUGCUGAACGCUGGAGAUGUGCCAAAUCUAUGGCCGAUUGAUGAGAAACAAGAACUACUCGAAAUGGUUCGACUAGUUGCACAAGGAGGAAAUCGGAACAUUGAUAUAAGUGCCGAUGAGGUGUUCUCAUUCUUUGUUAACCGUUGCCGACAAAAUCUUCAUAUCAUCAUUAGUUUCAACUCAGUUGGAUCGAAACUUGGAAAUUACAUCCGCGUCUAUCCUUCGUUGAUAAACUGCUGCACAAUCGAUUUAUUUGAUGCAUGGCCAGAAGGUGCUCUAGAAAUGAUCGCUUCGAAAUUCCUGUCAAAUCUCGACUUAGCCGAAGAAUUGACCGAUUCCAUCACCAGUGCAUGCUUGCAUUUUCACACAACGGCCCAAGAUGCAGUAAAAUCGUAUCGAAUGGAAUCAGACAAUAGUUUUUAUGUUUCAUCAGCGUCAUACUUGGAAUUGGUGAGGUGCUUCGAACAAUUGUUUGUCAAAAAACAAACUGAGAUCACCACGGCCAAAUUGAGAUAUGAAAGUGGCUUGAACACAUUGCUGCAAGCAGAAAAAGCUGUAGAGAAUAUGCAAACCGAACUAAAUGAACUGGAACCGAAACUUCGAGCCAUGGCAAUGGACUGCAUACAAAUGACAACUGAAAUUGAACUAAAAACAAUUGAAGCGAGCGUCGCCACCGAACAAGUUAAGAGAGAUGAAUUGGUGGCGAAUGAACAGGCUUCAGCGGCGGCAGCUAUGGAGGAUGAAUGUUCAAAAGAUUUGGCACAAGCAGUUCCUGUUCUUGAAGAUGCUCUUCAAGCGCUGAAUACAUUGAAACCAGCCGAUAUUACUUUGGUGAAAUCGAUGAAAAAUCCACCUUCCGCAAUUAAACUUGUUAUGGCGGCGGUUUGUGUUAUGAAAGGAGUGCCUCCGGAUCGAAUUAACGAUGCGGCUAGUGGCAAAAAGAUAGUCGACUACUGGGGUCCAAGUAAAAGAAUACUUGGUGAUAUGGGAUUUCUUCAAUCGUUAAAAGACUAUGACAAAGACGACAUCAGUUCGGACAUAAUGAAAAAAAUUCGCAAAGAUUUCAUUCCACACAAGGAUUUUCAGCCGCAUAUUGUUGCAAAAGCGUCUAGUGCCGCUGAAGGACUGUGUAAGUGGAUAAAAGCCAUCGAAAAUUUUGAAUCAGUCAAUACGGUUGUUUUGCCAAAGAAACUCAAAUUAAUGAAUGCCAAAGAGAACUUGAAAGAGACGCGUAAAUUUUUAGCAGAAAAACGUGCUCUUGCAGCAGAACUGGAGGAAAAAGUGUCCGGAUUGAAUGCUGAAUUGGAAAGAACCAACGCGGAGAAAGAGCGUACCGAACGUGAGGUGGCUAUGUGUGAACAAAAGCUUCAACGAGCCGAAGCGUUAAUCGGUAGUUUGGGCCAAGAGAAAACCAGAUGGACGGAGAAGGCCGCUCUUCUACAAAAUUCUCUAGAUCACCUUCCUGGCGAUGUUUUAAUUUCGUGUGGAAUAAUUGCCUACCUCGGUGUAUUGCCAGAGCACUAUCGUAAGCGCUGCAUCAUAAAAUGGCAUGAAUUUUGCAAAACCAACGGAAUUCCUUGUUCGGAAAAGUUUAGUUUGAGAUCAUGCUUGGGAUACCAAGUGGAGAUUCAAGAUUGGCUUAUGUUCGGAUUGGCUGCGGAUGAAGUUUCCAUUGAAAACGGCAUUCUAAUGACAAACUCUUGUCGACAAUGUUUGUUCUUUGACCCUCAACAGCAAGCCAACAAAUGGAUCAAACACAUGGAAAGUGGAAAUCAACUAAAAGUUGUGAAACAAUCGGAUCCAUCGUAUUUCAGUGCGCUAUUGGAUUGCAUGCGAGACGGUCACCCUAUUUUGAUUGAAGACGUUGUGGAGCCGUUGAACAUUUGCCUAGAACCAAUUUUUAAUUAUCGAAUAUCCAAACGGGAAAACACCAUUCAACUAAAUUCCCAAACAAGUAUUGAGAUUGCUAAUAGUUUUCGUUUGUAUUUAACAUCAAAUGCGACAAACAUUACAUUUAUCGGUGAAUACAGCGGAAAACUGAACAUAAUCAAUUUCAUUUUCGUAUCAAGUGGUUUGGAAGAGAAUCUAUUGGACAUUUUGGUACUAAAAGAGAAUCCGUAUUUGCGCGAAGAACGUGAUGACCUGUUGCAUAAUAAACUCCAAGAUAAAGCGAAAUUAAUCGAACAUGAAAAUGAAAUUUUAUCCGUCAUUGCCGAAAGCGAAAAUGAUAUUCUUGAGGAUGAAACGGCAAUAAAGAGAAUGGAUGCUUCGAAACAUCUUUACAUCGAAGUCAUUGGCAAACAAUCGAUUUAUGUUGAGGCUGAACGAAAAAUUGAAGCAUUUCGUGAGAGUUAUCGAAAAGUCGCUUCAUAUUCAGCCAUUCUCUACUGUUGUUUGGAUCGAUUGCGAUUCAUCAAUCCAAUGUAUCAAUUCUCUUUGAAUUGGUAUCUAAUUCUGUACAACUUCUCCAUAGAAAAAGCAAAUCGAUCGAGAGAUCUGCAACGUCGAAUCGAUUUUCUGAUAAAAUCCAUCACCAAAAAUUUCUACAAUACCAUUUGCCGAUCGAUUUUUGAUGUGGAUAAGCUUUUGUUCUCAUGGAUUUUCACAACAAAAGUUCUUAUCACGAAUGGACAGCUGAAAAAGGAGCAAGUACACUUCUUUGUUACGGGUGAAAACAAUUUUGUUGGCCCGCUGCUUGAAAAGCCACACGCAGACUGGAUGACCGAGAAAAUGUGGAAGGAUUUACAUAAAAUAAGUGAUGUAACUAAAAGAGAAGAUGUUCUUGUGUCAAUCCAGAAAAAUAUCAACCAAUGGAAAAUGUAUUUCGAUGGAAAUGAUGACAAACUACCAUCGAAUUUAGUCGAUGGGUUCACAUCGUACGAAAAACUAAUGAUAACAAAAAUUUUCCACCCUGAGUUCGUUACAAAUGCCGUGACUGAAUUCAUAGCUACGGAAAUCGGUACACAAUUCGUGAAUCCACCACAAUUCGAUAUUCACAAAUCCUUCGAAGAAUCGAAUAUUCUCACACCGUUGAUUUUUAUCCUUUCGCCCGGGACUGAUCCAAUCGAUACGCUUUGGAUGUUUGCUGAACGCUUGGGCUAUUCACAAUCGAUGCAAAUGAUAUCACUUGGAGCUGAUCAAGGUGAUUUCAUUGAAAAUGCACUGGUCAAAGCACAAAAACAGGGGUCAUGGAUUUGCAUUCAAAAUUGCCACUUAAACACUGAAUGGCUAGCAAAACUGGAAAAUAUUUUGAAGAACAUGAAUUUUUAUAAUACUACACCUUCAUUCCGCUUGUGGAUGACCAGUGAGCCAACUACAACAUUUCCGCUGAAUUUAAUCCAAAACAGUAUAAAAAUGACCUACGAAACACCGAAAGGUCUCAAAGCAAAUCUCUUGAACUCCUAUCAAACAGGCUUAUUGAAUAGUAAUUUCUACGACAGUUGCCCAAAACAAGAUAAACUCUUCAAGCAAAUGCUUUACUUGCUCACCUUUUUCGAUGUGGUUGUACAUGAACGAAAGAAAUAUGGAAGCGUCGGUUGGAAUAUUGCAUAUGAUUUCAGUGUUAGUGAUUUUGCUCAAUCGAUAAAACAAUUACAAAUAUUUCUGUGUGAUCGAAAUGCAACGCCAUUUAAAACACUGCAAUACAUAAUUAGCCAGUGUUUUUACGGUGGUCGACUUGUUGAUGAGUUUGAUAAACGCUUAUUAAACACGAUUUUGUGUGAAAUUUUCAACGAGAAUGUUCUUGAAGGCCCGCCAUACAAAAUAAGCUCACUUGAUGCCCACACAUUGCCAUUGCGAUAUGAACGACGUCUGGUUGUAAAAUUCAUCGAAGAAUCGAUUCCUGAGAAAUCCAAUUGUGAAGUAUACGGUCUUCACGCGAAUUCCGAUUUCAUAUUCCACUUGAACAACUCCAACGCUUUGUUGUCUUCUAUGACUAUUGCGAUGGCUGUUAAAAACGAAACAUCAUUGGAAGCGACGACAAUCUUAGACAGAUUGAACGAAAUUAAUGAAAAAUUACCCAAACCAGUCGAUAGAGAUCAGUUAAGCAAUUUUCGAUUCUCAUACAAAAGUUCAAUGAAUACUGUUUUAGCAUCCGAAAUAAAAAUGUUCAACCAAUUGCUUAAAAUAAUCCGUAAAACAUGUUACGAUUUGCAGCGAGCACUUCAGGGAACUAUUACAAUGACUCCACAAUUGAAAAGUGUCUUCGAGAGUAUUUCAGCAAAUCGUAUUCCCGAUCAAUGGAAAAACAUCUCGUAUCCAAGCGACAAAUGCUUUGCAUCCUAUCUCAAUGACUUUUGCGACCGAUUCAAAUGGAUUCAAAACUGGUGGGCGGCUGAUAAAACGCCCAAGACAUAUUGGCUAUCAGCAUUUUUCUGGCCGCGUAGCUUUUUAACGGCUAUCAAAUUGGAUUUCGCUCGAAAGCAUGAUGUGUCAUUGGAAGAAGUUACAAUUGAUUUCACUGUUUUGAAUGAAGAUAGGUGUACUGACGUUCCAGAAGACGACGGUGUAUCCGUCUACGGUCUUUAUUUAGAAGCUGCCCAUUGGAAUGGAUGCUUCAUAGAUGAACAAAUGUUUCAUAAUCCAAUUGAAUCAUUUCCUAUGAUUCAUCUCAGGCCUAUGGAAAUGAAAAAGUUCGUAGCUGGCCAUCGCUAUGAAUGUCCCGUGUAUUACACACUGAAACGAGGAAUCGUAAAGAAUGGUUCAUUAGUUACGAGAAUUUGGUUGCCAGUGAAAGAUAAUGUGGAUUCAACACACUGGAUUAAACGAGGCGUCGCGCUUGGCUUCCAUAAUGACAAUUGAAUAGUUUAAGGCGUGUCAUAGUUUUUUCUCUUUCAUCACUUUCUUAAUUGAAUAUGCCCUACGUAUUUACU